UUCUUCAUAGCCCUCUAAUCCAAAUCUGGAUAUGACAAAGGUAAAGAAAAAUUUAAAAGUGUGGCCUUUAAAUGGCAGCAUAUUCAUAAACCUGAACCCACAAAAGACAGACUCAUAGCAACUGUAAAAAGGUAAUCUUUUGAGCUAAUUUUUGUGUGUAAAUUAGCAAUAAUAAUACAUACAGAUAUUUGGGGUAGCAGUGGCUGGCAUGCCGACGUCCACGUGGUGCCCUCUCAACCACUUGUGCAUGCAAUUGUCACCAUGUGUGCAGACUUUUGAAGAGCUUUCCAGUUUUUUCAUAGUCUUUUAGAUUAUUGAAUCUUUGUGGGUUAUUUCUCCGUGUUUCUUGGUAUUUUCUUGACGUUUAGAGAGAGAUGAAAACUGGUGUGCUUAAACUGCAAUGGGUUUAAGGAGUAAGAAGAUGAAGACCCUGGUUACCUCAUACAGCCCAGGCGCCUGAGGGUGGCUGAGGAGAUGAAAACUGUCUCGACGAGGUUCCCUGAGGUUGUUUUUCCAUUUCUCAGGGAGAAAUAUUCUCCAUAAACAGUAGAUAAGAUGUAAUAAAUAAGAGAAAUACUAAAUAUCUGAGAGAUAAUGAAGAGCCAUAAGACUAUAUUCUUGGGAUGUCAGUGCCCAUGCGAAUUCUGGAGCCACCCAUUGAUGGUAAUAGAACUGUGCUGAAAUAUCAGCACUAAUCUUGAUGGUAUAUGAAAUCAAUUCUCUGUGCUACAUAAAUGGCUUAUCCCGAUAUAUUUGUUUAACUUCAGUGUUUAUGGCCAAAAAUGACGCAUUGUUGAUAAUGGAUACGAAUGAUGAAGAUGUUGAUUUAGGACUUGCUCUGGGUUCUACCAGCUACCACAUUCGGUCGAAGAUGAACAGUAGUUCAGGUGCAGGUGUAAAUGCAAACUUAAUAGGGGACAUGGCAUUUGCAGCAUCUGAUCCCCUAUCCGAAUUAGUUUGGUUACCACAUAAAGGUUUGAGUCUGAAAUGUGCAGAUUCCAACUUGGCAGAUAAAAAUCCUUUCCUUUUAUGGAAUGUGGAAUCGAGCAAUAAGGUUCCUUCUCCAUCCCAAAUCAUCAGAUCCUGGGGACCAGAAGAUGGCAGAGUUAUAAGUGUGGGAAGGUCAACUGUUCCUCAAACAUUUCUAAAUGUGGAUAGCAAAGUUGAUGAUAAAGUGACUUCAGCUAGCCCUCUUAGAAGCAGUCCAAUCCCUUUGUUGAAUGCAAAUUGUGGACGCUGUGAAGAAACCAAUGAUGAAAUGAAGGGAGGUGGCUUUACAGAUGCUAAUCAAGAAGAGGGACAUCUUAAGGAAAAUAGAGAGAGUUUGUGUAGUCCACACAUUGUCGAAAUUACAAACAGCAUUGAAGGCAGCAUUAAAACCGCAGAACAAGAUGUAGUAGUGCAUGGAAACGCUGACUGUAAAUUUGACAUGCCAAUCACCAGGCAGUAUGCUGGUAAUAUUAUUAGAGAAACAUGCAGCAGUCAGAAUGGUAAAAUUGAAAAUAUUGCUAGUGGCAGUGAAAUUAUGCAAUUAGGUGUUGCUAUUGGUUCUGAACCUUGUCCAGCAAAACUCUCUGAGGCUCUUCUUGGUUCUACACCAAAUAUACAAUCCAUGCAGGAACUGGACAAUGAAGUAAGAUCAGCUACUGGAGAAGUGAGUAUGAAUAGUGUAAAGAUGCUGGAUUUAUUCGGAGCCCCUCCUUUGGUGAAGCUGGAGUGCACUGCUGAAAAUGACUUGUACCAUCCAACUGCAAAAGACACUCACACGUCAAGUAAAGAGAUACUACCGAGUCACAAUUCUCUUUCAGUUGAAAAAACUUCAACAAAUCUCAGGAUUCAAAUGUAUUGGGAAAAAGGCAAAGAAAAAGCAUUAUCUGAUGGAGAUGACAAUGCAAGAUCCACCAAUGACAUGGAAGACAGCCAUACGAGUGCGGAAAGUUGUAACAGCGCUGGAUUAUUUUCAAAAGGUAUAAAGCGUUCAAAGUGUCGAGAGUUGAUUGUUGAAAACAAAAGAAUGAAAAAACAAAAUCAAGGAAUUCAUGCUUCAACAUCCAUUGUCAAUCAAGAUAGCUCUUUCAUGAAUUGGAUAGCAAACAUGGUAAAGGGCGUCCAAGACUUAAAUAAAGAAGCGUCUCCUUCUCGUGCUCUUGCACUUUCUCAUUCCAAUGAUUUUGAUCAUCCGCAAACAAUCACGCUUGACAAAACUCAUGAUUCCAAAAGCCAAAAUAUAGGGUUUCUAGCUAUGUUUCAGUCUUUGUAUUGUUCAAACACAAGGAUUCCAGACUCUGGAUUUUUAAAUGAGAAUUAUUCAAUAGGAGAAUCUAAAGGCUGUACGGCGGCUGAAGAAACAUUCCUUGAGAAUCGUCCAAGAUCAUGCCACAAGGAUAGCUCUUUCAAGCAGAUUGCCUUACCAAAUGAAGAAGUGAAUCUACCUAUAUCAAGAAAUUCUGUGGGCUUCUCAAGUGAACCGUGGAUUCUCUCUGUAGAUUUUGCUUGUGAGACCAAUGCAGAAGGGAACAAAACUUCAAAUGACUUGGUAAUUGAGAGAGAGAAAGAUGGGAUAAGCUCAUCAGGCUCUCUAUGCAAACAUGUGGAUAGCACUGCGGAGAACACAAGUCUUAACUUCCCUUGGGAAGGAAAGGCAACAAGUACAAUGCCUCACAAAAGUAGUCCUCUUGCUAGUUUGUGGAUUACCCGUCUUUUAGUUAAACCUCCCGAGUUAGAAAACUGCAACCGGAGUACAGACCAAGUCCUGGAUGGUUCCCCAGAUAGCGUGAGGGUCAAUCCUAACACUCAAGUUGGUGCUUCUUUUCCGAUUGAUCAGGAAAGUUCUGAAAUGAAGAAUUUUGCUGCCAAUGGUGAGACAUCUGUCAGUAACAAGUCUGUAAUCGACCUGGAUCCUAUACUACCUCCCCCAAACACUGAAGUUGGUGCUGCUUUUCCGAUUGAUCAGGAAAGUUCUGAGAUGAAGACUUUUGCUGCCAAUAGUGAGAUGGCUGCCAGUAACAAGUCCAUAAACAAACUGAAUCCCAUACUAACUCCCCCAAAAUUUGAAAGUUCAGAGGCAAUGGCCACUGUGUUUGCAAGAAGAUUGGAUGCUUUGAGGCACAUUAUACCAGCAUAUAAGACAAAAUCUUCAGCGUGCACAUCUACAAUGUGUUACUUUUGCGGUAAAAUUGGCCACGGUUUGCUUGAAUGCCCAGAUGUAACAGAAAUCGAGCGGAAGGAUCUCAUAAGGAAAAUCAGUUUAGUUGACGGAGUUGAAGAAUCUGAUUGUUUGUGCAUAAGAUGUUCUCAACUCGACCAUUGGGCUAAUACAUGCCCCCUGGCUUCCUCAAGUGGCCACUGCCCAUCGAAAGAGAGUGCGUCUUUCAUUAAUUAUAGUUCUCGUCAUCUUAUGUUCUGUUCUGGCAAUGAAAAACAUUCGAGCUAUCUGGGAAGAGAGGAAGAGAAUUCCCAAUUGGCUAUUGACCAAAAGGUUCAAAGCUUCAGAAAACUUCCAGAUUACACUCCAAGUAAUCCGACAUCGGGUGCAAAUGAGUUAUUGGGAAAAAGAAUUUAUGAAGUAAAAAAUAGGAUUGCAUCAAAUUUGGAGAACAAUAUUAAAGAUGAUCUAAGUCUUCCUUUGUGCAAAGUAUUGAGUUCACAAAAUGAAGCUGCACCUGUAGAGGUGUUUCAUGCCAUAAGGAAACUGCGUCUGUCUCGUGUAGAUAUUCUCAGAUGGAUGAACUCCCUUCUCUCUCAGUCGAAAUUAAAUGGUUUUUUUCUGCGUUUGCGGCUUGGAAAGUGGACCGACAGGUUGGACAAAGAGGAAAGUCGGGCAACAGAACUUGGGGGAACAGGUUACUAUGUUGCUUGCAUAACAGGAGCACAAAGAGAGAAUUCAGGAAGGAGUUCCAAGACUUCUAUCUUUGCCAAUGUUGAAGGCGUCAAAUAUUCUGUUGAGAGCCAAUAUGUCUCCAACCAUGAUUUCUCGGAGGACGAGAUUAAAACGUGGUGGUGCAGGAUUGUGAAAGCCGGUGGAAAGAUUCCUUCAAUAGACGAGUUGAACUCAAAACUCGAAGAAAGAAAAUUUCUGGGUUUUUAGUCGUUUCCUUCUUUGCGUUACAUGAGCCUCUAAAGAGUUUUUACUUAUAGCUCACGUCAUGAGUAUGAGCUAGUUUAUGUUUUGAUAAAACUUUGAUAAAAGGUUUUAUCUGUUGCUAAUUUUUAUUUUAUUUUAUUUUUUUUUAUAUCAAAACUUCCUUAAAAUUUAAUUUCAACUGCCUUAUUAGUUUUCCAUUAAGUCAGAAUUAUGAUAGCGAGAAAUUUUAAGUUUUCUAGAAAGCAGCAGCUAGCAAGUGCUGAAAUGAAGCUCUCUAUGUCUGAGGUACAUUUGGGCUUUAAUAUGUGUGGUUUUUUUUUUUUCCUCAUAAUAAGAAAAAAAAAAAGAAGGCCGAGCCAGCAUCUUGACCUAGCACGAGUGGCAUUUUGGGUGGCAAUUUUCUACGAGAAUCAUACCAUGUGUACUACAUUGAUUGACAAUAUUGGUUGGCAACAUCCUAUUUGACAUCAUCA